AUGGCAACACAGUACGAAAAAUUACGACAGAAGAAUUUAGACGACAACAGGAGGAUCUUGGCAGAGAUCGGGUUAGCAAACCCGUUCAAAGGGUUGCCAAAGGUGUCCCUCAGUAAGGGUGUGUUUAACAGAACUAACAAAAGAAAAACAGAAGAUUAUCCUGCUCGUCCAGUCAAAAAAAGAAUUGUAGAAGAUUUAGAAAACAUUGGUUCCCUUAGAGGAAGUAGAAGGAAAUCAGCCCGCCUUCAAGGAAAGGAUAUUCCAACCAAGGAAGAACUCAAGGAGGAGUUGGAAGAAUGGGAUGAGUCGGAGUCCAAGUACAGACAUCACCCUGUUGAUAAAAACAGACCCAAUUUUUAUGGGCAUGUGGAUGGUGUGGAAGUAGGAACAGUGUGGGAGACUCGCAUGGAGGCUUGCAGAGCUGGUGUACACAGACCAACUGUGGCUGGGAUCCAUGCUGGACCAGAAGGGGCUUAUUCCAUUGCUCUUUCUGGGGGCUAUGAUGAUAAUGUGGACCUUGGAGAGGGCUUCACCUACACUGGGGAAGGAGGAAGAGACCUGAAGGGAACUAAAGCAAAUCCAAAGAACCUGCGGACUGCAGCUCAGUCAAAAGACCAAGAGUUGACACGGGGAAACUUGGCAUUAAGCCGAAAUGUAACUAGUGGUCACCCUGUCCGUGUGAUCCGUGGAUACAAGCUCAAAAGUCCUUUCGCCCCCGAGGAGGGAUACCGAUACGAUGGUAUGUACCAGGUGGAGAAAGCAUGGUGUUGUACCGGACUGUCUGGGUUUCUUGUGUGGAAAUUUGCAAUGAAGAGAUGCUCUGGUCAAGCCCCACCUCCCUGGACAAUUUUGGAUGUGGCAAGCCCUUCCAAGGAUAGUGUGAUGUCAGAAAAAUUCUCGGAGUCUGGUAAGAGUGAUUCAGGAUUUGACUCUGAUGAAACUGGCAGUCAUUUUGGAUCACAAGAAUCGUCGACCACAAGUUGUCAAGGGAGUGAAGACAGUCAGUCAGUAAAGUCUGAUAUUGAUGAUCAAGAGGAUAAUGAAGAAACGCUUACAGAGGAAACCAAGGAGGAAAAAGCAGAGGUGAAAUCAGGUGAUAUAAAGAUGAUGGAGGAAAAACUGUUUGACGUAGAGCCAAGUAGGAAACAGGAAAAGUCAACGAACAAAGAGACAGAAGAGGAGAUUCAAACAGAUACAAAGACAGAAUUAGGAAAAGAAUAAACAAGCAUGACUGCCAUAGACACAAUAAGAAAAUGAGUGAAAUGUGAAGAAAACUCAUUAGAUAUGAUAUGUAAGUACAAACUGACCAAAAAGAGGAAGAGAAAUCUGAGGAAACUCGAGAUC